AAUCAACAUAAUAACAAAACACGAACUCGAAAGCAGCGCCAGCCACAAUCCAUUCGCGAUCCCAUUGAUUACUGCUUGAGCAUUGCGAAUAGUGCCCUCGAAGCACUCUAAAAUUCCAUUCACCAUCCGCGCAGAUCCUUUCCAGCGAGAGGCCUGGUUUGGUCUUCAGUCGUCCCUUGGUCAGAACACCGGCAACAAUACUACCUCAGUCAUCUCUCAUCUCCCUCAAGACUUAAAGCUGCGCCUUACCGGAUAUCUCCGACCUUCUCGACAUAACAUAGUCCGUUCUCUUCCUGGAUGGCUGAGCCGAUACGGUAGCCGAUCGCCUCGUCGCUUCCACGAGGGCAAAUCAAAUCCGAUCACCUCUGAACUAAGGUCUCUCUAAAACUCUCAAUACAUCAUGGCACCUCGACGAUCUGCGGCCAGAGCUUCAAGCGCAACUCCAAUACGCGCCGGCUCGCCGACAAAGCGCUCAACACGAGCAAGCAGUGUACUUUCUCCCGAAGAUGCCACACCUCGACGAGGCGCUCGAGGUGUCUCUCAGCAGCCCAACCUAGCCGAAGGCAGUGUCAACAACCCUAGACUGCCUGAGGUGCAAAUCCAGCAAUCAUACGCUUACGGAUCCAGCAAGACGCCUAUGCUGCCGACGCAGCUGGUCCCAAGAAGCAAGAUGAAUUUGAGGGAGAUGGCGGAAACCAUCGACUCAGGAGUCGAGCAAGCCCAGCAGCACCUUCAAAACCAUGUCGACGAGGCCCGUGCAAAUUUGCGAAAGGAUCCUCGAGCCGAAAGAGCCCGUCGAAGAGCGUCUCGAGAAAAUUCACGAGAGCCUUCUGCCGGAAGUGAUGAUGUCGAAAGAAACAAGACUCAAAGAGUAGCUGCUUGGGCAAGCUCGCUUGAGAGUAGUCAGCUCGACGAGAUACCGGAAGAAAAUGAUGCUGCGCCGAGUACACCUGAAGAUGCUUCUCACAAGGACACCGACCCGUCCAGCUUCCCCAGUGGCAUGUUUGAGCAUAGCUACAACUACGAACGAGGUCUGCGUAGGCCCAACAUUACCGUGCGGAAACGAGAGGAACCAGUCUUCCGCAAGGCAUGGACCACAGUUAAGCAAUACGCCCAACUUUCUCGCGAGGCUUCGACAGAGCUUUUCUCUUCGGUUAUUCAGUGGUCUCAGCGACUGUGGCAAGCAAGCGGCAGAGUGAUCAGAGAUGUUCCGGACUCAUUCCUUGUCAAGAUUGUCACAAGCCUCCUUUCUGCCGUAUUGAUUAUGUCUGCAGCGGGUCUGUUCUUCUGCUACGCCUAUAGCCACUUCAUCUGCGACCCAUAUACUACUUCUCCAGUUGGCUUAACGAUGCAGAAAUAUUGUGGAAGUUGUGUUCGAGCGCCAGACACUGCUUUAAAUGUCACAAGUGGCAGCAAUGCGGAUUUGUCGAAACUUUCUGCCACACUCACCAACAUCAACAACCAAAUGCGAGCUAUUGAAUUGCGAUUGAACGAGAAGCUUGACUCAACAUAUGCACAUGUGGGCAAAGACCUUGAGACGUUGAGAAAGCAGCAUUCAGAACUAUCCAAUCACAUCGGCGGACUAGAGUUUGGUCACUCGACGUCUUCCGGAGAUGUCGCAUCACCGGUCAUUGCAAAGAUCAAUUUUUUUGCCCCAAAUAAUGGCGCCUUGGUGGAACCACGAUUAACGUCACCAACUCGGCAGAAACCACUGGCAUUCGGCCGAAGAGUGCUCCUACGGAUCAUUGCGUCAACACAUUAUCAAACCAAACAACCAGAGACAGCACUAUCACCAUGGCAAGAUGUGGGUGAUUGCUGGUGCUCAUCGUCGGUCCCUAGCGAGCAAGACACGAUGAGAUUGGGCGUGAGAGUUGCAGAGCCUAUCUUUCCAACAGAGCUGGUAGUAGAGAACUAUCCUACUGCCGGAUCCCUUUUUCCCGGAGCGACACCCAAACAUAUCGAACUCUGGGCUGACUUCGAGCACCUCGACAGUCAUGAAUGGGAGAGCCUGAAUAUCAGACAGACGCAGGGAAAUAGUGCCAUCGGCCCAACUUGGGGGUUGAUUGGGCAAAUGGAGUAUGAUGCAUCUGAGGAGGCCUCUCAUGUUCAAGCAUUCCGACUUGACGUCAAUCAGCAUCAAAGUCUAUACGCUGCACAGUCAUUUGUGGUGCGGGUGGUCUCAAACUAUGGAUCGGACUAUACUUGCCUUUACCGAGUGCGGUUGCAUGGAGUUCCGGUCAAUGGCCAAGUGUAAGAAAAGUAGGUUGUGGGUGGCUUUUCGGCGUUCCAAGAAGACAGCAUGUUGACAGAGUGAUUUUUGACUGUCUAGCGAUUCUCACCUGUCAUUGUGCCGACUGAAUGAAGGAGGCACGAAGACGGUUGUGGAGGGUCUUUGAUACCCAGAUUUUAUGACCCACCAAAAGCACGUGACUAGCACCGUGCCAUGAAUUGUAC